AUGUUUGGAAAGAAAUCCAAGAAUGUACCAAUUUAUGAGAACCCCGAUCAUCAUCUUUCAUAUGAUUCGAGUAUUUCAAGUGAAAACUGGAUGUUUAAUAAAAAGUUAACUAGCAACUCUAAUCAAAAUAAAGCUUUGAGUUUAAUUCACAAAAUGAAUAUAUUCUCACGUAAUAAGCGAACUAUCAACAGAAAAGUCGAUUAUAACGAAUGUAUUGAUUCAGUUAAUUUUGAUAUACCUAAUGAUGAGUCUAUAGAAGAAAGUGGAUCACUUAACUUGAAUCUUUCUCCAACGCAUAAAUCAGAAUUCGAUAGUCAAAACACUUCCCCUAUUUAUUGUGAUCAAAAAUCUGAACAGCAUUGUAACUCUAAAGUCACGAGACUAUCCACAAAAUCUACAUCAAAAACAGAUUCACAAAAGAAUGAUCCACUCCACAAGGAUAUAUACACGCAUGAUAAUAACAUACAUGGAUGUACAACUAUAAGUGAAUCAGGUGGAUUUAGAGAACAAGAUGCAAUUUCAUCCUCAUUACCAUUCACAAUCCCGGAUCCAACUGCUUACAGAGAUUUAGAUAAUGCUAGUCCUGAAACUAUUGCACUAUGUCGUCAUCAUUCAUGUCAUUAUUGCUUCUAUGUUUAUUUUCCAUCAUCAACUGUAGAUGAUUAUUUAAUACCAUUUCGAAGAAAACAUUUCCAAGAUAAAUUUUCACAAUUAAAAAAUUUACAAUAUAUUAAUGAAAUUAAACAAACUAAAUAUGUACAUAAUGUAUUUUCUGAUCGUCGUAUUCAUUCAAUUGAAAAAAAAUCUGGUACAAAAAUACAUUUAAGUGAAGUUUAUUCAAGUAUAAUAUGUAUUAAAGGUAUACCAUGUCGACGUUUAACUAUAGCAGGUCCAUCAUUUGUUAAUAUUUGUUGUGCAUUAAAUUUAUUAGAAAAUUUAUUACCAAAUAUUAUUAAAGGUGCUAUUUUUCCAUAUCGAUUACCAGAUGGUUUAUCAACACGUUUUCCAUCUGGUUCACGAUUAAGUUCAAUGUGUCAAUGGAAUUAUGUAAGAGAUAAUGUUUCAACUUUGUUAAAAUCACAAUUAAAUGAUAAGGAUUAAAUGGGUAUGAGUAUGUGUGUGUGUGUAUGGUUUCGACAAUCAACACUUAAAUAUUAAUAUUCAAUCAGUAAAAAUAUUUCUGAGCAAAUGUCAAAUCAUUACUAAUGAAAGACUGAGAUUAAGACAAAUUUUAUGCAUAGAUAAUCCGUAUACACCUUAGACACUAUUUAAUUGUGGUCUAAGCUGUUCAUUUUUUUUCUUCGUAACAUUUAACUAAUUCAAUUCAUUUUUAUUUAAUUUUCAUUCACUUAUUACAUGUGAAUUUAAAAUCAUUAAAAUUUUGUUUUGUUAUCAAGAUUUUUCUUGAAUAAAAUAUUUAUUGAAUAA